UUUCACCUCCGUUUUUUCGUAUAGUUGAUUGUUAUUGUUAGAGUUCUCUCAAGGUUAGAGAGAGAAAGUUAGAAAGAAGGGGAAAGUAAAAGAAGGAAAAAUUCAGAAAACAAUUCGAUCCAAAGAAUUGAACUGAUCUUUCAAUAUUUGGUUGGUUAAGAUUAGAUCUGUUCGCUGUUUUUCCCUUUCUGAAGGUAAAGAACUUUACUGGAAUGAAGCGAUCACGAGAGGAGGUUUAUGUGAACCCUCAAUUUAAGCGGCCAUUGGGUUCUUCGUCUUCUCGUGGAGAAUCCUAUGGGCUGUCACAUGCCCCUGGCGGCGGCGGCGGCAGCGGUAGCGGUGUUGGAGGAGGUGGUGCUGUUGCUGGAGGUAGUGGCAAUGUCGGUGGUGGUGCUGGUGGUAGUACACAAAAGCUUACAACCAAUGAUGCCCUAAGUUAUUUGAAGGAAGUCAAGGACAUGUUCCAAGAUGAAAGAGAAAAAUAUGACCGGUUCCUUGAUGUCAUGAAAGAUUUCAAGGGACAAAAAAUUGAUACAGCUGGUGUUAUAGGACGGGUGAAAGAGUUAUUUAAGGGGCAUCCUAAUCUUAUCCUUGGGUUCAAUACAUUCUUGCCCAAGGGUUAUGAAAUCACCCUUACUGAUGAGGAAGAGGCUCCAAAAAGGACGGUCGAGUUUGAAGAGGCUAUAAGUUUUGUAAACAAGAUUAAGAAACGAUUCCAAAAUGAUGAUCAUGUUUAUAAAUCAUUCCUUGACAUCUUGAAUAUGUAUCGGAAGGAACACAAGGGUAUCACUGAGGUUUACCAAGAGGUUGAGGCCCUUUUUAAUGACCAACCAGAUCUCCUUGAGGAGUUCACUAGAUUUUUGCCAGAUACUUCAGCUACAGCAUCAGUGGCACAUGCUUCUUUUGGACGGCGUCCAUUCAAUCAUUAUGAUGAGAGGAGCUCUGCAAUGCCCACAAUGCGGCAAUCCCAUGUAGAUAAGCAACGUUUGCGGAGGGAUAGGAUUAUUAGUCCCCAUGGAGAACGUGAUCUUAGUGUUGAGCGCCUAGAUCUGGAUGAUGAUAAAACAGUGAUGAAGAAGAAGCGUGCUGACAAGGAGAACAAGGAUAAGAGAUAUCGUGAUCACGAUGACAGGGAACCUGACAAUGAAAACAAUGGGGACACUAGCAUGCAUCGGCUUUCGGAGAAAAAGAAAUCUUCCCGAAAGGUUGAUGACUUUGGAGGGAAUUCUAAUUUGGCUUCCUGUGAUGAUAAAGAUACAUUGAAAAGCAUGUACAGCCAAGAGUUCACCUUCUGUGAAAAAGUUAAGGAGAGGUUACGCAGUUCGGAUGAUUACCAGGCAUUUCUGAAAUGUCUUCAUAUUUAUAGCACCGAAAUAAUCACAAGAAAAGAAUUACAGAGUUUGGUUGCUGAUUUACUGGGUAAAUAUCCUGAUCUCAUGGAGGGAUUCAAUGAAUUUUUGGAACGCUGUGAACGAAUUGAUGGAUUUCUUGCUGGUGUUAUGGGCAAAAAAUCAUUAUGGAAUGAAGGACAUUCUUCAAAGGACUUGAGAAUAGAGGACAAAGAUAAAGAACAGAAGCGUGAAUUAGAUGCAGGUAAAGAAAAGGAUAGGUACAAUUUGAAGUACUGGGGAAAAUCCAUUCAGGAGCUUGACCUUUCUAACUGUCAAAGUUGCACUCCCAGUUAUCGGCUUCUUCCUGAGGAUUAUCCAAUAACUUCAGCAAGCCAGAGGUCGGAGCUUGGUGGUCUGGUUCUAAAUGAUCAUUGGGUAUCUGUCACAUCUGGUAGUGAGGAUUACUCUUUUAAACACAUGCGUAGAAACCAGUAUGAAGAAAGCCUGUUUAGAUGCGAAGAUGAUAGAUUCGAACUAGACAUGUUGUUGGAGUCUGUGAGUUCGACUGCAAAGCGUGCAGAGGAACUCUUGAACAGUAUCAAUAAUCUUUCAAUUGGUUCAGAUGGUCCCAUACGUAUUGAGGAGCAUUUUACAGCUCUAAACUUGAGAUGCAUUGAACGUCUAUAUGGUGAUCAUGGUCUUGAUGUGAUGGACAUAUUGCGUAAAAAUCCACCCCUUGCGUUACCUGUUAUUCUAACCCGCCUUAAGCAGAAGCAAGAGGAAUGGACUAAGUGUCGUUCAGAUUUUAACAAAGUUUGGGCUGAGAUUUAUUCUAAGAACCAUUACAAGUCUCUUGAUCACCGUAGCUUCUAUUUCAGGCAACAAGAUUCAAAGAACUUGAGCACAAAAUCCUUAGUUGCAGAGAUCAAAGAUGUCAAGGAGAAAAAUCAGAAAGAGGAUGAUGUACUUAUCAGUAUUGCUGCUGGAAGCAGACAUUUCAUCAGUCCAAAUCUUGAUUUCCAAUAUGCUGAUGUUGAUGUUCAUGAAGACGUGUAUAAAAUUGUUAAGUAUUCGUGUGAAGAGGUCUGCUCGACGAAGGAACAAUUAAAUAAGGUACUAAGGUUCUGGACCUCUUUUCUUGAGCCGAUGUUGGGGGUUCGUACUCGGCCUCAUGGUACAGAGGCUACUGAAGAUGAUGGUGCCUCUAAGUGCCGAACUGCGAAAAAUGCCGCAACAAGAAUAGUUGAAAUUGAUGAAAGACCCAGUGUUGAUGCUAAUACCAUAGACUUAAAGCAGCCAAAGCCUAUCUGCAAUGGAGAUCCAAAUGCUUCACCUCACCAAGUAAAUUCCUGCAAGACUGACUUUACAAAUGGGGGUGGUGUGCUGGCUAAAGCCGGUGGAUCAACUGUGGCUUCUGGCGAAAGAUUAACCAACUCUGACACAGCUGUUACUAGAGGACCAGAUACUAAUCAUGGAUGUGCUGCAAAUCAUUCGCGAGCUAGUAACAGUCCUACUGAGGAAGGUCAUGGAGCCAAGCCUAAUAUGGAAGAUUUAAUGUCCUUGGAGGAUGGUGAAACGUCAAAGUUGAAUCAAUCUGCAAAUGGAGGGUUUGAAGAAGGAUCCAGACAUAAUGGAUAUAAUAAAGGUUCUAUUGAUCCCUGCAAAAAUGAGAAAGAAGAAGGCGAGCUAUCACCAACUGGUGAUUUUGAAGACAAUUUUGCCACCUAUGCGGAUGGCAGUUUACAAACCGCUCGUAAAAAAAAUCACUGCAAUGAUAGCAUGCAAUAUGAAACAGGUGGCCACGAAGAAAUUUCUCCAGAUGGAGAUGCUGAUGACGAGGACAGUGAAAAUGUCUCUGAGGCUGGUGAAGAUGUUUCAGGAAGUGAGUCUGCUGCUGAUGAGUGCUCCAGGGAAGAGCACGAGGAAGAUGGAGAACAUGAUGUUAAAGAUGAGAGCGAAGGUGAGGCUGAAAAUCUGGAUGAAGAUCACUGUGUUGGAGGAGAUGGUGUAUCAGUGCCACAGUCUGAUCGUUUCCUACUGACUUGUCAGCCUUUGUCAAAGUAUGUGGCUUCUCCGCUACUAAGUGAUGGGAAAACAGAUCGACAUAUUUUUUAUGGGAACGACACCUUUUACGUGCUUUUCAGGCUGCACCAGACACUAUAUGAGAGGAUAUUAUCAGCUAAGGUGAACUCAGCAUCUGCUGAAUCCAAAUGGAGAAGCACAAAGGACACAUGCUCUGAUCCCUAUGCAAGAUUCAUGAGUGCACUGUUUAGUUUGCUUGAUGGAUCUUCUGAUAAUGCAAAAUUUGAGGAUGAUUGUCGAUCACUACUUGGAAAUCAGUCUUAUGUGCUAUUUACAUUGGAUAAGCUGAUAUAUAAGUUAGUCAAACAGCUCCAAACCGUUUCCAGUGAGGAGGUGGACUUCAAGCUGCUUCAAUUGUAUGAGUAUGAAAAAUCUAGAAAACCUGAGAGUUAUGUUGAUUUGGUUUAUUACGAAAAUGUUCAUGUCCUUUUGAACGACGAGAAUAUAUACCGGAUAGAAUGUACAUCUUUCCCCACCUGUUUGUCUAUCCAAUUAAUGGAUGAUGGAAAUGAGAAGUCUGAAGUUGUUGCCGUUUCUAUGGACCCUAACUUUGCAAACUAUCUCCAUAAUGAUUAUCUUCCAGUUGUUCCUGGACGAAAGGAGUCGUCUCCGGUUAUGCUGAAGAGGAAUAUGCAUAAAUAUGCCAAUCUCGAUGAAUCUUCUGCUUUGUGUAUGGCUGCAAAAAAUGUUCUAUCGAUUAAUGGUUUGGAAUGUAAGAUGGCAUCCAACUCAUCCAAGAUAUCUUAUGUCCUGGACACAGAGGACUUUUUUAUUCGUUUGGGGAGGAGAAGGAACCAAUUGGGGGACAGAUCGUCAUGCAAUAACCAAGCUAGGGUAUUACGGUUUCACCAAUUUUUGACAACCUCGACAUGAUAUAUUUGGCCUUACUAUGAUGCCGUGACUAUUAAGAGUGUAUUCUCACUAGGUCCGCUCGAUACAUGACUGAGCAGCAGAUUAUUUACUUCUCAACGAGCCCAGUAACCGUGAGGGAAUGGAGUUUCUCUGGAUUGUUACGUCUUGUGAACUUAUGUUAAUGGUAUGUGCUCCAUUCAUCUGUAUAUAGGACUCGCCGUUAAUCUCAAUUGUAGAGUCGUGUUUAUUAGUGAUUUCAUGAGCGAAAAAUAGCCCCUUGCUUUCAUUUUGUAAUCUCAUAGUCUUUAUUUGAUUCUGCUAUAAGUAAGAGAUAGUGAUGGUGGGAGAGGGAAAUAGUAUGGUAGAAUGUUCAGAUUUCAAAAGUUCAAAAUGUUCUUUUAUCUUUUUUUGUACAGAGCUUAAACCCUGAUUCCUGUUUAAAGACUCUUUGUAAAUUAAGGUCUUCCCAUUUUAUCAAUAUCUUUUAUA